GAUAGAUAGAAUAGCAUAACAUCGAUAGAUAGAUAGAAUAGCAUAACAUCGAUAGAUAGUGAGGGAUAGCAUAGCAUAACAUAACAUAGAUAGAUAGUGAGGGAUAGCAUAGCAUAGCAUAACAUAUAUAUAGAUAGAGAGAGAGAGAGAGUAGAUAUAUAAGUAGAUAACAUGGUUUUCUACUGUAUUUGUGGCGGGUGCAACAACUCCAGCAAAAGUGGACAUAGGGUCCAUUGCUUCCCCAAGGACAAAGGGAUUCUCCGAAGCUGGGUGCAAUUUGUCAAGUUUAGGCGGGCAGAUUUUUCAGCUAGCUCUGUUACCGCGUACUCCAGAAUAUGCAGCGCGCAUUUCAAGGAGGGGGAUUACCACUCAGGGGAUGCCAAGAUGGUCUCACUUGGUUUAAAGAGUAAGAGGACGGCGAAGUUAAUUCCUACCGCCGUGCCGUCUGUGCAUGCAAACCACUCUGCCUGCCCUGUCCCGAGGUCGAGAGACACCGUCUGCCGCAAGCGAGAGAUUGCCACGGUAAGCAUCAUGCUAUAGCUGCUAAUUACAAGCUGCGCGUUAGCUAGCUCUGUGUAUUUUGCAUACCGUGUUCCCUUUGACACAGCCUCCUCUACAAGCAUGAUCAGUCUGACAUUAGAAGAGCAUAUUUCGUGAUUCACGAAUAUGAGCCAAAACAAAAUUGCCCUGAAGUAAAUGUCCAUAUCGUCAUGAAAGCUUCAUGGCUAGUGUUUGGAUCAGUGAUCGUCAUCAUCAAGCGGCUUUCACAAGUGUGUUUGCGUUUUGUGUUAGUGCUAGACUGCUACGGUUCUCUUUCACAUAUACUGUAUUUGACCGUGACCGUGAUUUCUUUUUUAUAUACUUAUAUAUACUAUACUUUAUACUAAUAUACUUUUUUAUAUUUGUUUUCGCAAGAUGUUGACAGACGCCUCACAGCAGGAGACCGUGGCCAGUGUAGACACUGUGGAGAGUGUCGAUACUGGGGAUCAGCCCUUGCCCUCCUCCACUUCUGACGCUGGGACACAAUGUUAUUUGAAGCCCCCCCGAUGGUCUCACGCUGUGCAGGUUAACCUGAAGCCCAAGAUGGUUAGCGUGGGCACACAGACUUCAAUCAGCCCACAAACCUCCACUCCCCUCGCUAGUCCUAGUCCAGUUGACGACGAUGAUGAUGAUAAUGCCACUGUCAUCAGUGACUUGUCGUGGGUGCCCGAAGAGCCGAUGGAUGAGGAGGAAUUGUUUGAUGAGGAGCCACCUUACACGUGUGACCCCCACCACAAUUGCAUUGACAAAUUCAUUGUUUGCCAAGAGGAGCUGAUGGGCCUUUUUGCCAUCUGUCCGGCCUGUUGUGAGAGGUCGGAUAGUAGCAUCGUGCAGCAGGAAGGAACUUUUGUUAAGAUCAAGCAGGUCUGUGCAUCAUGUGGCUACCACCGUUUCUGGCAAAACCAGCCAAUGCUCCACAGGAACAUGCCAACCUGCAACCUCCUGUUAAGUGGGGCCAUUCAUUUUACUGGAUGUUUGGCCACACAGACACUAAGAAUGUUGACCCUGUUUGGCCUGCAGUGCAUCAGUGCCAGCAGUUUCUUUCGCCAUCAGUGCCACUACACCAUCCCUGUAAUCGUUCAGGCCUGGCAGAAUGAUCAAGCCAAGAAUUUUAGUGACCUACGGGCAAUGGAUGGCGGGCUAGUUCUUGCUGGUGACUGCAGGUCAGAUUCUCCUGGGCACUGCGCAAAGUAUGGGUCAUACUCUCUGAUAGAGGACAGAGUGAACAAGGUGGUGGAUGUUCAGCUUGUUCAGAGCUCAGAGGUCCCCAACAGCUCAUGGUGUGAGCUUGAAGGGCUCAAGCGCAGUGUUGGCCUGCUGAGGGGAAACGACCUGCAUUUGGCAACGCUGAUCACGGACCGACAUCGCCAGGUUGCCAAAUGGGUGAGAGAGGAGCUGAUCCCUGAAGGGACACAGCAUUAUUUUGACGUGUGGCACAUUGCCAAAAGUCUGGGGAAGGCAUUGGAUGCAGCAUCCAAAGAGUGUGACCAACUACAGUUGUGGAGGCCAGCUAUAGUGAAUCACCUCUAUUGGACUCCUCAUCUUGCACUUCGCGCCCAAGCACACAGGGUUUUCAUACCUUGGGAUGUAUAGCAGGUCAGUGCUAUCCAAUGGAAUAACACUGCCAAUUAUUAUGCCUUUUAUAGUAAUAAUAGUACCUAUUAACGUGCCUAUU